AUGAUGAGUGCUGUCCUGCAUAGAGUUGAUGCUGCAAAUCAGGUGGGACUGGAGGAAAAAUCAUGGUGUAUUGUUAAUCAUGUGUUGGAAUUCCAACACACACUUGGAGAUCUCUCUGCAAGAGUAGACGCAGUUAAAGAAGAAAAUCUGAGGUUAAAAUUAGAAAAUCAAGUUCUUGGACAAUACAUAGAAAACCUCAUGUCUGCUGCUUCUGUUUUUGAAACAACUGACACAAAAAGUAAGAGAAAGUAA